AUGUCAAGAGUAGCACAAUUAGAUUCACGUAUCCUUGAUGAUGAGCUACAUUCUGUACUGUUGCGCGAUUUGAAUCAUGCAAUAUAUGCCGGAAAUGAUGAGAAUGAACCAGGUCACUUAGGAUGGAAAAAUACAGAUGAAUGGAGGUUAGUGUGUGAUACUUUGUUGUACAUGUUUGUUGUAAAGAAAGGAAAUAAUGGGUGGUUAUCAUUAUUACGGUUUAUAUCAAAUAGCAAAAGUCAGAAGCUAAAGGGGAAGGAAGUAGAAGAAGCAGAAGAAGAAGAGACUUAUGGAACUAGAUUAAAUGGGUUAUCCUAUAAAUCUCCCAUGAGAGGUACUCUGUACUUAACCGCGGUUUUAAGUAAAUAUUUGUUGGCUAAAUCGGAUAAAGUUUUACCUUCUCAAAACAAACGUCUAGUUAAAUUACUACGAUUACUUACAAGUUUGGCAGAAGUUUUAAAUUUUGCAAAUUUUAUAGUUACUGGUAAUUAUAUAUCGAUAUUAAACAGAAUAUUAGGUCUUAAAAUGGCAUCUAAGGGUGCUAAUAAUAUAAUGCCAUUGGGGCAAUUCUCAGAGCAAAGCCGUUUAGCAACAAUGGAGGUUCAGAACAGACAGUUAUUAUGGAAUGCAGUUCUAGAGUUGUUGAAUAUGACUGUAUUGUUACCAAAUUCUAGGACAUUUUUCUACACGUGGCAAAGCAAAACAGAAAAACAUACUACUGCUAUCAUAGGCUCGCAGUUAGAUAUACGGCAUUGUUCAUUAUGUAAUGAGCCACCAUCCAAUCCCUAUAUUUUAGAUUGUUGUCAAGCAACCUACUGCUAUUGGUGUUGUUGUAAAGUGCUUGAAUGGAGACAAUGUUCUAAUUGUAAGGAGAAAGGAUUACUUCAAGCAUCACCAUUGUACACCACUGUAUAG